GCUCUAAUUACCGAAGUCAGAAGAAGUUGAAGAAUUUUUCAUCUUGAGAUCAUUCUGCAGAGAGAUGGCUUUGAUCCCUAGAAUCUUUGGUCAGAGGAGCAACGUCUUCGACCCCUUCUCCCUCGACGUGUGGGAUCCCUUUCAGGGCUGGCCUUUCGACACCUCUGGCGCUAGCGGCGCUCUCAGCGAGGCCUCUGCCUUUGCGAACACCCGCAUCGACUGGAAGGAGACGCCCGAGGCGCACGUCUUCAAGGCCGAUCUUCCGGGGUUGAAGAAGGAAGAGGUGAAGGUGGAAGUCGAGGAGGGAAGAGUGCUUCAGAUCAGCGGAGAGCGCAGGAAGGAGCAGGAGGAGAAGAAUGACAAGUGGCAUAGGGUCGAGAGGAGCAGCGGCAAGUUCUUGAGGAGGUUCAGGCUGCCGGAGAAUGCCAAGGUGGAUCAGGUGAAGGCGACGAUGGAGAACGGUGUGCUCACGGUGACUGUGCCUAAGGAGGAAGUUAAGAAGCCUGAGGUGAAGGCUAUUGAAAUCUCCGGCUAAAGGAAUGUUGAAAUCCGUGCUUUUUGGUUUGUAUUUCCGAGCGUCAGCAAAGUGUUUUGGUCUAGCUAGGCUGGGUGUUUUGAGUCUGGUCCGAGGUUUGUGUGAGAGUCUGGUGUUAUUGUGCGCGUUCUUGUGUGUGGUUGGUUUAUGAGGUCUAUUGUGCCCUGUGUGAUCGGUUUAUGAGGUCUAUUGUGCCCCGUAUGCGUAUGUUUGAAGUUUGAAGUAGUAAAGUUCCUCGG